AAGUGAAGAAUCCAGUUGCCAACAACAAUAUAUAUUUGUUUGUAUAGUAAAAUUUGUGAUUCUAUUUAUUUUGUUUUGUUUUUCUUUACAUUGCCUGUUGCAUAUCAUCCAUUCAACAAAUUUACAGACGAUAACUCAAUUCUGAAUUUGAUAAUCUUCAUUUUUCCUUAUUCAUCAUCAUUCGACGAUUACGUUUUUUUUAUUCACAAUAAUAAUUUUGAAUUCAUUUCGUUUUAGGUAAUCUGUUGCCAUUAUAGUGGCUAAUUAAAAGAAUGGGUUCUACUCGUGUAUUACCCUUUGUUAGGGGUAUUGAUUUUAGCCAUAAUAAUUUUCAAGAAGAAAAGUUUCCCAAAGAAGUGAUGAAUAUGACCGGUUUAAGAUGGCUAAAAUUGGAUUCAAGUCAAAUAGAUUGGAUUCCUGAAGAAAUGGCUUCAUUGAACAAAUUGGAAUCAUUGUCCAUAGCCAAGAAUAAUCUGGUCACUUUGCAUGGAGAACUUUCAUCAUUGAAAACAUUACGAUCAUUGAUACUACGUCACAAUCGAAUCAACAAUAAUGGUAUACCUGUUGAUUUGUUCAGGCUAGAAGAAUUGUUUGUUCUUGAUCUUAGCCACAAUUGUCUUAAAUCGAUACCUUGUGAUCUGGAAAAAUGUCGUACGUUGCUUGUGCUCAAUCUAUCCAAUAAUCAAAUUGAAACUAUACCCAAUCAUUUGUUCAUCAAUUUGACUGAUCUGCUCAUUUUGAAUUUGAGUGAUAAUAAUCUAGUUACGCUGCCUCCUCAAAUGAGAAGAUUGGUCAAUCUACAGAUACUUAAUCUUAGCAAUAAUCCAUUGGGCCAUAAUCAAUUGAAACUAUUGCAAUCACUGCAUUCAUUGCAAUCAUUGAAUCUAUCAAAUACCCAGCGAACAUUACAAAAUAUGCCCACAUCACUUGACAAUCUUACCAAUCUUACUGAACUUAAUCUAUCCAGUAAUGAAUUACAUCGUAUUCCCGAUGUUGUAUAUACGCUUACCUCAUUGAAACGUUUGAAUUUAAGUGAUAAUCAAAUAACCGAGAUAUCCACCUCUAUUGAUCAAUGUUGGUUUAAUCUUGAGGUGUUGAAUCUAUCGAGAAAUCGUUUGAAAUCAUUACCACAAUUAUUGAGUAAAUUAGAGCGAUUGAGAUGCCUCUAUCUGAAUGACAAUGAAUUGGUUUUCGAUGGCAUACCAAACAGUAUUGGCAAAUUGUAUAAUCUUGAAAUAUUUAUGGCAUCCAACAACAAUCUAGAGCUCAUACCCGAAGGAGUUGUUCGAUGUGGAAAGCUGAAAAAAUUGAUUUUAUCCAAAAAUAAAUUGGUCACGUUACCGGAUGCCAUUUAUUUUCUAACCGAUCUAAAAGUAUUGGAUCUCAACGAUAAUCCAGAUCUGAUUCUACCACCGAAACCCACUGAACUGAAAGAAAGCAAUAAAAAUAUCUAUAAUAUUGAUUUCAACAUUGCCAAUCGACUUUGUAAAGCAUCCACGAAUUAUGGCAACGGCCUCAAUCCGAUGAAUACACCUUCGAAAGAUCCGAUCGCUAGAAAACUAAGACUGGUACGUCGAGCUAAGGAAAUGACUAACGAAUCGGAUUCAUCAAAAGUUCUUAAAGCAAUGACCGAAUUGGCCAAAGAGAACGAACAUAUUAAUGUCAAUAUCUACGAAAGCGACACGAAUCUGAAGCCAAAACGAUGGGAAGAAUCUCUGGAGAAACCACCACUUGAUUAUUCCGAUUUUUUCGAAGAUGAUGUUGGCCAAUUUAUGGGCAUAUUAAUCUGGGAGAUUGACAACUUUUAUCCGAGCAGGCUGGACGAAGCAUGUCAUGGAAAGUUUUACGAAGCCGAUUGUUACAUCAUAUUGAAGACGUUCGAAAACGAAAAUCAAAAUCCUGAUUGGGACAUUUACUAUUGGAUCGGCUCGGAUACAUCGUUGGACAAAAAAGCUUGUGCUGCCAUUCACGCCGUCAACCUUCGUAAUUAUCUUUCGGCCAAAUGCCGAACAAUUCGUGAAGAACAGGGCGAAGAAAGUGAACAGUUUUUGUCACUGUUUCCUGAAGGCAUAACAUACAUUAAAGGUGGCCGUACAUUGAGCGGUUUCUAUACGGUUGAAGAGGUUGCCGUAGCCACUCGAUUAUAUCGUCUGCAUGAAGUUUCCAAUCAACAGCUCUAUAUGGAAUCGGUCGCUGUGGAUAUUCGCUCAUUGGACACCAGAUUUGUAUUCAUUUUGGACACUGGCUACAAAAUUUUUGUAUGGAAUGGUAAGCGUUCCAAAAAUACUGUCAAACAAAAGGCCCGUUUACUUGUCGAAAAGAUAAAAAAAGAAGAAAGAAAAAAUAAGACGACACUCGAAUUUGUUGAUCAAUAUCAGGAACCAGAAGAAUUCUGGAUCGAGUUUGACAAUCAAGGCGAAGACAUUGCCAAUAUGGCUCAUAAUUUUGUCGUUGAAGGCAUCGAAGAUUUUCGUCCAACUAGCCCGGUUCUAUAUCAAGUUUGCCUAGGUACUGGUUAUCUAGAGCUACCACAAAUUCGUUACAAACCGAAACAGCUAAGUAAAAGCUAUUUUGAAAGUAAAAAUGUCUACAUCAUGGAUGUUAUGACCGAUGUUUACAUAUGGGUUGGCCGUAAAUCUGCCCGGUUAGUACGUGCUGCCGCUCUUAAAUUGGCCCAAGAGAUGUUUGCCAUGAUUAAACGGCCUGAAUUUGCACUGGUUACCAGAUGCCUUGAAGGAGUCGAAACACAGUCUUUCAAAUCUCGAUUUGCCACCUGGGAUGAGAUUGUGGCCGUCGAUUUCACAAGAACUGCAGAAUCUGUUCAAAAAAUUGGUGCCGACAUGAACAAGUGGCUUAGCGAACAUUCUGAUUUCAAAUAUGAUUUGAAUGCUUUGUUCAUGCCUAGACAACCGAUCGUAACGAAAGAGGAAUCUAUUCAAUUGGCUCAAGAAUGGAAUGAAGAUCUAAUCAAUAUGGAAGCUUUUGUAUUAGAAAAUAAAACGUUCAAAAAAUUACCCGAAGAAGAACUGGGACAUUUCUUUAGUGGUGAAUGUUAUUUCUUCUUGUGCCGUUACUAUUGGGUAUCCGAUACUGAUUCACAGGAUGGUGUCGAAGAAGCUGAAGAUUUGGCCGACGAAGAUGCCCAGAUCUGGAUUGUUUACUUUUGGCAAGGCCGCGAAGCAUCCAACAUGGGUUGGUUGACCUUCACUUUCACUGUACAAAGCAAAUUCGAAGCCUGGUUCAAAGGUAAACUCAAAAUUAUCAGAUUUAAGCAGCAACAAGAAAAUGCCAAAUUUCUAUCACAUUUCAAACGGAAAUUCGUUAUUCAUUCUGGUCGAAGGGAUCUAAACCGGUCAACUUCUGAGCGUUUAAUCAGGCCAAGCCAGAAUGAGUUUUACCAUUUACGUUCCAAUUGUGAUAUUCUUACGCUUCGUACCAUACAACUGAAUUUGGACAAACCUGUCAUCCUGUAUUCGGCUUUUAUUUACAUCCUCAAAAUCGAAUCGGCCAUCUCCGGUCAAAGUGCCAAUCACGUUUUUAUCUGGGUCGGAUCAGCCGCCGAUGAUGACGACGUACAAGUGGCCAAAGAAGUGGUUAACCAAAUGUAUCCAUCCGAACAAUAUCCGAUGACCGUAAUCAAUGAAGGAUUUGAACCUGAAAUGUUCAAACAACAAUUCGGAAAAUUUACUGUCGAUAAUGAUUGUUCUUUCAUGUCAUAUUCAAGGCUGUUUCGUUGUUCCAACGACAAAGGCUACUUUACUGUGUCUGAAAAAUGUUCGGAUUUCUGUCAGGACGAUUUGGUUGACGAUGACAUUAUGAUAUUGGACAACGGAGUACAAGUGUUCAUUUGGCUGGGUUCUCGUUGUAGCGAAAUCGAAGUGAAACUUGCUUACAAAAGUGCACAGGUAUAUGUGCAAAACAUGAAACUCAAACAACCAGAACGGCCACGUACUUUGAUGUUGACAUAUAAAGGGAAAGAGACACUCAAAUUUCGAAAAUGUUUUCAUGGCUGGUCCGAAUUCAAAUCGAUCAAUGAUCCCAGGAUACAAUUGGAUAAAAAAAUACUACCCAUCAUUUAUGAACAUACAAAUUUUUACCAAAAAUCUAAAAACCGAAAUGAUAACAAUUAAUGUGAUGGGCUUUUUUUAGAGUUUUCUUUAUUAUAUUCGACAUUAUGCAAUCUAUGAAUUAUUAUUGCAUUAUUCAACAAGACAUAUAUGCUGUUUGUUAUAUAGGGCCUGAUGUUAUUGACAAUAAUUAUCCAGAUGAGAUACAUGAACUCAAAAUAAAGAACUGAACAUUUAAUUUAUA